UGGGGGCCUGGAGCAGCUGUGGCAUCAGGGCCCGCUGGCAUUAAGGGCCAGGCCCUGAAGGGAGCCACUGGUAGUGCUGACCAAAGAGGCCAGCUUGCCAUGCACCUUGGGGCUCCCUGCCCUGGCUGCUUGGCGGCAGGACAGGUGCACCAGUGGGUAGGGACAGCAAGGCCCCAGGAGGGUACAGGGGGAGAGGACUGGGAGGAGCAGCGGGCCUGCCCCAUCCUGCAGCUCUGCCAGGCCUGGGCUGACUCCCCGCCCCCACCGGGAGCCACGUGGGCUGGGCGGAGCCCAUGCAGAGUGCGGGCUGCUGCGCCCUAGGUCCCAGCACUAGGGCUGCCAGAGGCCUAGUGGGAGCAGCAGGGCUCGAAGUCCUGGCUGCUGGCCGCCAUGGCCACGCAUGGGAAGCUGAGGCGGGAGCGGGGACCACAGGCGGAGUAUGAGAUGCAAGUCAAAGGUGAGAGGGCGCCAGGUCCUGGCUGCUGGUUCCCUGCAGAAAGCCUAAGGUGUCUGGAGCUGCAGGGGGAGCUGCGGCGGGAGCUGCUGCAGGAGCUGGCAGAGUUCAUGCGGCGCCGCGCCGAGGUGGAGCUGGAGUAUUCCCGGGGCCUAGACAAGCUGGCUGAGCGCUUCUCCGCACCAAAGCUUCCGGUGGGUAAGGUACUGGAGGGUGGCGGGGGACCCGGGGCUCCUGCUCCCUGGGCUGAGGGCCCCUCUGCCCCCAGGAAGGAGCCGUCCCUCCUGUCGCCCGUGCACUGUUGGGCUGUGUUGCUACAGCAGACUCGGCAGCAUGGCCGGGAGAGUGCGGCCCUCGGUGAGUUGCUGGCCGGGCCCCUGGCCCAGCGCCUUGGCCACAUCUCCGAGGACGUGGGGCGCAUCAUCAAGAGGGCUAAGAAGACCUACCACGCCUACCACGCAGAGAGCUUGACUGCGGAGGCCAAGCUCCGGGAAGCCGAGCGGCAGGAGGAGAAGCGGGCAGGCCGCAGUGCCCAGCCUGCCCCCACACCUGCCCCCACCCCUGCAGAGGCAGGGCCCCUCCGCAAGAGCUCCCUCAAGAAGGGAGGGCGGCUGGUGGAGAAGCGUCAGGCCAAGUUCUUGGAGCACAAGCUGAAGUGCACGAAGGCGCGGAACGAGUACCUGCUCAGCCUGGCCAGCGUCAACGCCGCCGUCAACAACUACUACCUGCGUGACGUCCUAGACCUCAUGGACUGCUGUGACACAGGGUUCCACUUGGCCCUGGGGCAGGUGCUCCGGAGCUACGCAGCUGCAGAGAGUCGCACCCAAGCCUCCCAGAUGCAGGGCCUGGGCAGCCUGGAAGAGGCGCUGGAGGCCCUGGAUCCUCCAGGGGACAAGGCCAAGGUGCUGGAGGUGCACGCAGCUGCCUUCUGUCCCCCACUGCGUUUUGACUACCAGCCCCACGAGGGGGAUGAGGUGACUGAGAUCCGGGUUGAGCUGGAGCUGCGGGAUGAGAUUCUGCCCAGAGCCCAGAAUAUCCAGAGCCGCCUGGACCGACAGACCAUUGAGACAGAAGAGGUGAACAAGACACUGAAGGCGACACUGCAGGCCCUGCUGGAAGUGGUGGCAUCAGAUGACGGUGACAUGCUGGACUCAGUCCAGGCCAGCCCCUCCACAGAGAGCUCGGACCCAGGCUCCCGGCAGGCAGGCCGCAGGACAGGCCAGCAGCAGGAGACGGAGACCUUCUACUUGACGAAACUGCAAGAGUAUCUGAGCGGAAGGAGCAUUCUGGCCAAGCUGCAGGCCAAGCAUGAGAAGCUGCAGGAGGCCAUACAGCGAGGCGACAAGGAAGAGCAGGAAAUGUCUUGGGUCCAGUACACACAGAGAAAAUUCCAGAAGAGCCGCCAACCCCGCCCCAGUUCCCAGUAUAACCAGAGACUCUUUGGGGGAGACAUGGAGAAGUUCAUCCAGAGCUCGGGCCAGCCUGUGCCCCUGGUGGUGGAGAGCUGUGUGCGCUUCAUUAACCUCAACGGCCUGCAGCACGAGGGCAUCUUCCGGGUGUCAGGUGCCCAGCUCCGGGUUUCGGAGAUCCGCGAUGCCUUUGAGAGAGGGGAGGACCCGCUGGUGGAAGGUUGCAGUGUCCACGACCUGGACUCCGUGGCUGGGGGCCUGAAGCUCUACUUCCGCAGCCUCGAGCCCCCACUCUUCCCCCCGGACCUGUUUGGCGAGCUACUGGCAUCUGCAGACCUGGAGGCUGCAGCAGAGCGGGUGGAGCACGUGAGCCGCCUGCUGGCCCGGCUGUCUGGCCCAGUGCUGGUGGUCCUUCGCUACCUUUUCACCUUCCUCAACUACCUGGCCCAGUACAGUGAUGGGAACAUGAUGGACACCUACAACCUGGCUGUGUGCUUCGGGCCGACACUGCUGCCUGUGCCCGUGGGGCAGGACCCGGUGGCCCUGCAGGGCCGAGUGAACCAGCUGGUGCAGACUCUCAUCAUGCAGCCGGCACGCGUAUUCCCGUCCCAGGCCCUGCUCCCCGGCCCUGCCUAUGAGAAGUGCAUGGCACCGCCUUCUGCCAGCUGUCUGGGGGACACCCAACUGGAGAGCCUGGCAGUGGAGAAUGAGUCUGAGCUGGAAGCCCCUGCCUGGGAGGAAGACCUGGAGGGAGUCGUGGAGGCCGUGGCCUGCUUCGCCUACACGGGCCGCACAGACCAGGAGGAGCUGACGUUCCCGCGCGGAGCCGUGCUGCAGCUGCACGAGAGAGCCUCCAGCGACUGGUGGCGUGGAGAGCAUGCUGGGGCGCGGGGACUCAUCCCCCACAAGUACAUCUCUCUGCUGGCAGGAGUGGAGAAGCAGGCCGCCAGCCCAGGCCUGAAGGCUGCAGAGGAGCUGCUGAGUGGCCCCGAGGGUGCCCUGGCUGCAGAGUUUGUCAACCGGCCAGAGCCACACGCUGCCCCUGAGGCUAUGGGCCCCUCUGGGCACAGACGACAAUGCUGGGACCCCAUGUCCCCGGAGCGGCCCACGGAGGUGGAUAAGGCUGUGGCACAGAACAUGGACUGUGUGUUCAAAGAGCUCUUGGGAAAGACUGCUGUCCGCCAGGGCCUUGGGCUGGCACCAGCUGCUAACCCCAGCUCUGGCUCUCACCACCUGGAGAGCACGCGCAUGCGUGCUGUGAACCCCGCAGACCCGCCCGUGCUCAGCACAGAGUAA